AAACAGCUUGAGUGUUGUCUUUCAUCAGCCAGUAUAUAAGUACAUUUUCAGUUCUGAACUUGUGAGUUGUGUUAGAGAGUUGUUACAUCAAGCAAUGUGUAUGGUGUUCUGUCUGGGGAAAAAAAAUCAUUUCUGAACAAGUGACCAUUGAACUAUGAGGUGGAUAAGGAACAGAGUGUUCAUAAACAUGAAGACUCCAAAAUGGGUCAACGUCGGCGGUCGCUGGACGAAGGCAACACCCGAGCCUGUCCAGUCUGAAAAGACAGUCAGCCCCAAAUCAACUAAGAAUGAGGUUGAUGGUAUCUUGCAGAGCCUGGUUCUGUCCAAGGCCGACCUGGAGGAGAUUUCUGACCUCAUGCGACAGAACAUGGACCGGGGACUGAACAGGGCCACUAACCCUUCAGCGGUCGUCAAGAUGUUUCCCAGUUUUGUUCGAUCCUUACCCGAUGGCACAGAGAAAGGUGAUUUCUUUGCCCUGGACCUUGGCGGCAGUAACUUCCGAGUCCUUCGAGUUCAACUGCUGGAUGGCGAUGUUCAAAUGACAAGCAAAGUUUAUAAAAUUUCACAGGGGACUAUGACAGGAACUGGGGAACAGUUAUUUGACUACAUUGCCGAUAGUCUGGCUGAAUUUAAGAAUGAGCAGGGACUCAGUGAUGUGGAUCUGCCCCUCGGGUUCACCUUCUCCUUCCCCUGCAAACAGAAUGGACUAGCCUCAGCUGAACUGGUUCAGUGGACCAAAGGCUUCUCGGCCUCGGGAGUCGAAGGGAAAGACGUGGUGGUGUUGCUCAAGGAGGCUUGUGCGAGAAAGAAAGUGGCUUUACAAAUUGUAGCAUUAGUCAACGACACUGUAGGAACACUGAUGUCCUGUGCCUACUCGUGCAGCGAUACCUACAUUGGGCUCAUCUUAGGGACGGGAACCAACGCUUGUUACUUGGAGAAGCUCAGCAAUGUGGACACGUGGACCGGUGAUGACGGGGAACCAAGGGACGUCAUCAUUAACAUGGAAUGGGGAGCAUUCGGCACCGACAAGUCACUGGACAAGUUCCGGACCAAGUUUGACAACGAAGUGGAUGAAGUGACCCUCAAUAAAGGCAAACAGCUUUACGAGAAGAUGAUUUCUGGGAUGUACCUCGGCGAGAUAGUCCGGCUGAUUCUGGUGAAGCUGGCAACUGACGGCGAUCUAUUCGGAGGUCAAGUCUCUUCAGAUCUCAAGACUCCUUGGAAAUUUGAAACUCGCUUCCUGACAGACAUUGAAAGUGACACGUCCGAUAACAACGCCGAGUGUAACACCAUCCUGAAGAGCUUGGGGGUGACCCCGUCCCCUUCGGACCUGCCCGUCAUCCGGCGCGUCUGCGCGGCCGUGUCCACUCGUGCGGCCCGGCUCUCCGUGGCCGGCCUGAGCGCUGUGGUCAAGAAGAUCGGUGCGGCGGAACUGACCAUCGCAGUGGACGGCUCGCUGUACAAGAAGCACCCGACGUUCAAGAGCAACAUGGAGAAGACGCUGAAGGAGCUCGUGCCGGGCGUCACCGUCAAGCUGAUGCUGUCGGAGGACGGGAGUGGGAAGGGUGCGGCUCUAGUUGCUGCCGUGGCAGCCAGACUAGGCUCCUAAGGUACCCUGCUGCCCACAUUUUUCCUCCGUGUUUUUAUAAUUCCAGUCAAAUUUACCUUGCAUUGUGUAACUUUAAGGUAGAGUAGAUCAUUUGCAGCUAUCCAAAAA